UCCAAACGCACAUUUUGCUUGAACCGCCACCAAACGCCAUGAUCAACCUGACGUUCCCGCAAGUGAUCUUUGUGCCUCCGGUCCUCAUCAUCUUGGGCGCGGUGACCCUGCUGAACUUCAAGAAUCUCUUCCUCGCCAUCACCAACUAUGCCAACAACCGGACCUCCAACGAACUCGUCAAGACGAUCAAGCCAGCUUUGGUGUAUGUGAAGAACUUCCUCGAAGCAGUCGUCGGGAAAGCAUCGUCGUUCUCGUUCAAGUUGGAGCACAUUCUCCUUGUCGCGAUCGUUUUCGCGUUGUUUGCCGUGGCCAACGAGAUUUCGAUCGGCAACGACUUGAAGGAAAAGGAACUCAAGCUCCUGCGCGCGCAAGCGAAGGCCAGCGACAAGAAGGACGCCGAGAGCAAGAAGAAGGACUAGCCACGUCCAAGUCUUCUUUCGUUAACAUAGUCCACUCGACUUGACAUCAUCGAUUUUAAGAUCACGUUGGAUCGAGCUGUCAGG